CCGUGAGUAGGGCUCCCGGAGAUGUCGGGGGCGCGCGGGCGGCGGUGGCGCUAGAGGAGCCGCCUGUGAACGUGCCAGUGCUCGUGCUCGCGGCCGCGCCGGUGCCGAGCCCCUCGGGCCGCGCCCCUACUUUGCCGUCUCUGCUUCCCGACGGCCCAAUGCUGGUUCCCCAGGUGAGGGGAGCGACAUAGCCGCUCCCCGCAGCGCCGCUCGGACCCGGCCCCGACCCUGACCUGGGACCCCGCCCGGGCUCGAGCCGGCCUGGCAGUCGCGGGGCGCGGCCCAAGCGAGAGAGCGGGCCAUGGCGGCCCGCGGGUGCCCGCUGGAGCCGGUGUCACUGCCCGCCGAGGUGCGAGAGAGCCUGGCGGAGCUGGAGCUGGAGCUGUCGGAAGGUGACAUCACUCAAAAAGGAUAUGAAAAGAAGAGGGCGAAGCUGCUGGCGCGCUACAUACCACUUCUUCAAGGAGUGGACCCAUCCCUCCAAACAGAGCCUAGGACCCCCGGGCCCUCACAAACCACGGCUGCAGUGCCUAAGCAGCAGAAGGCACGGCCCACCAACUCGCGGGACGAGCGCUUCCGGUCAGAUGUUCACACUGAAGCCGUGCAAGCAGCUUUGGCCAAAUACAAAGAGAGGAAGGUGCCUCUGCCCUCGAAAAGGCGGUCUGUUCUCGUGCAUUCAUCUCUGGAAACCUGCACCCCCCCAGACACGUCGUCUGCCUCAGAAGAUGAGGGCUCUUUACGGCGACCCGGGCGACUCACCUCCACUCCGCUCCAGAGCCAUUCCAGCGUCGAGCCCUGGCUCGACCGGGUCAUUCAGGGCUCGUCCACCUCAUCCUCCGCAUCUUCCACCUCAUCUCACCCGGGAGGGAGACCUGCCGCCGCGCUCGCAGGCCCCGCGGCCCACGCCCACAUAGCAGAUCUGCACUCUGCCCCUCCUGAUGUCACCACUGGCCUUGUUGUGGAGCAUUCGCACUGUGAGGGUCCACAGCCAGCCUCUGUGAGAGGCGUCCCUCGGGGGUGCGGUGGGCGCCUCCUGGACACAGCGGGUGGUGUCCCUGUGAACAGCAGAGUGUCCUCCAAAAUCCAGCAACUUCUGAACACCCUGAAGAGGCCGAAGCGCCCUCCGCUGAAGGAGUUCUUCGUGGACGAUGUUGAGGAGCUGUUGGAAGUUCAGCAGCCAGAUCCAAAUCAGCCAAAGCCUGAGGGAAGCCAGAUGGUGGUGCUGAAAGGAGAACCUCUGGCCACGGGGAUCUCCUGGCCGCCUUCGCUGCUGGCCGCCCUGCAGCGCUGGGGCACGAUGCAGCCCAAAGCCCCCUGCCUGACCGCCUUGGACACAACGGGGAAGGCCACCUACACCCUCACCUAUGGCAAACUUUGGAGUCGAAGUUUAAAACUAGCGUACACUCUCCUUAAUAAACUGACUAGUAAGAAUGAGCCACUACUUAAACCUGGAGACAGAGUGGCGCUGGUGUUUCCGAACAGCGACCCUGUGAUGUUCAUGGUUGCGUUUUAUGGGUGUCUCCUGGCAGAGCUGGUGCCUGUCCCCAUAGAAGUGCCACUAACAAGAAAGGACGCCGGCAGCCAGCAGAUCGGGUUCCUGCUGGGCAGCUGUGGCGUUGCCCUGGCCCUGACCACGGACGCCUGUCAGAAAGGCCUGCCCAAGGCACAGACGGGAGAGGUGGCAGCUUUCAAAGGCUGGCCCCCCCUCACCUGGCUGGUGAUCGAUGGGAAGCAUCUGACUAAGCCCCCCAAGGACUGGCACCCGCUGGCCCAGGACGAAGGAUCCCGGACUGCCUACAUAGAGUAUAAAACCAGCAAAGAAGGCAGCACAGUGGGGAUCACAGUGUCCCAUGCAUCCCUGCUGGCGCAGUGCAGGUCUCUGACCCAGGCGUGUGGCUACUCAGAAGCCGAAACACUAACAAAUGUGCUGGAUUUCAAAAGGGAUGCUGGUCUGUGGCAUGGAGUGUUAACAAGCGUCAUGAACAAGAUGCACGUGAUCAGCAUCCCGUACGCCCUGAUGAAGGUGAACCCGCUCUCCUGGAUUCAGAAAGUGUGUUUGUUUAAAGCCCAGACAGCGGUGGUGAAGUCCCGUGACAUGCACUGGUCUCUCCUGGCUCAGCGAGGCCAGCGCGACGUCAGCCUCAGCUCCCUGCGCAUGCUGAUCGUGGCCGACGGCGCCAACCCCUGGUCCAUAUCCUCCUGUGAUGCCUUCCUCAAUGUCUUCCAGUCCAGAGGCCUGAGGCCGGAGGUCAUCUGUCCUUGUGCCAGUUCUCCUGAGGCGCUAACGGUUGCCAUCCGCAGGCCGCCUGACCUGGGAGGACCUCCUCCGAGAAAAGCUGUGCUGUCCAUGAACGGCCUCAGUUAUGGCGUGAUCCGAGUUGACACUGAAGAAAAGUUGUCAGUCCUUACUGUCCAGGACGUUGGCCAGGUGAUGCCUGGAGCUAAUGUGUGUGUUGUGAAGAUAGACGGUGCCCCGUGUCUUUGUAAAACUGAUGAGGUUGGAGAAAUAUGUGUUGACUCCAGUGCCACAGGCACAGCGUACUACGGACUGCUUGGGAUCACAAAGAACAUCUUUGAGGCUGUCCCGGUCACUGCAGGAGGAGCGCCCGUCUCCGACAGGCCUUUCACCAGGACUGGGCUCCUGGGCUUCAUCGGCCCUGACAACCUGGUCUUCGUCGUGGGCAAGCUGGACGGGCUGAUGGUGGUCGGGGUUCGCAGACACAAUGCAGACGACAUCGUGGCCACCGCGUUGGCCGUGGAGCCCAUGAAGUUUGUCUACAGAGGCAGGAUCGCCGUGUUCUCCGUGACAGUGCUGCACGACGACCGGAUCGUGCUCGUGGCCGAGCAGCGGCCGGACGCCUCCGAGGAGGACAGCUUCCAGUGGAUGAGCCGCGUGCUGCAGGCCAUUGACAGCAUCCACCAGGUGGGCGUGUACUGUCUGGCUCUGGUUCCUGCCAACACCUUGCCCAAGGCUCCUCUUGGAGGGGUUCACGUCUCUGAAGCCAAACAGCGUUUUCUGGAGGGGACGCUGCACCCGUGCAAUGUGCUAAUGUGCCCGCACACCUGUGUCACCAACCUUCCCAAACCUCGCCAGAAACAGCCAGAGGUGGGACCAGCCUCCAUGAUCGUGGGGAAUCUGGUUGCUGGGAAGAGAAUUGCACAGGCCUCUGGGCGGGAACUGGCUCACCUGGAAGACAGCGACCAGGCCAGGAAGUUCCUGUUCCUGCCUGAUGUGCUGCAGUGGCGGGCCCACACCACUCCCGACCACCCGCUGUUUCUGCUGCUGAAUGCCAAGGGCACGGUGACGAGCACUGCGACCUGUGUCCAGCUGCACAGGAAGGCUGAGAGGGUGGCCGCUGCUCUGAUGGAGAAGGCAAGACUGAGCAUUGGGGACCACGUGGCUUUGGUCUACCCCCCAGGGGUGGACCUCAUUGCUGCCUUCUACGGCUGCCUGUACUGCGGCUGCGUGCCAGUCACUGUGCGGCCCCCGCACCCCCAGAACCUCUCUACCACGCUUCCGACCGUCAAGAUGAUUGUGGAGGUCAGCAAGUCUGCCUGCGUGCUCACCACGCAGGCCAUCAUGCGGCUGCUGAAGUCCAAGGAAGCGGCAGCCACCGUGGACGUCAGGACCUGGCCCACCAUCAUAGAUACAGAUGACAUACCAAAAAAGAAGGUGGCGAGUGUGUUCAGGCCGCCCUCCCCGGACAUGCUCGCAUACCUGGACUUCAGUGUGUCGACUACAGGGAUCUUAGCGGGUGUGAAGAUGUCACACGCAGCCACAAGUGCCUUGUGCCGCUCCAUAAAGCUGCAGUGUGAGCUGUACCCCUCCAGGCAGAUCGCCAUCUGUCUUGACCCCUACUGUGGCCUCGGCUUCGCCCUGUGGUGCCUGUGCAGUGUCUACUCUGGACACCAGUCCGUGCUGGUGCCCCCGCUGGAGCUGGAAAGCAACGUGUCCCUGUGGCUGUCCGCUGUGAGCCAGUACAAGGCCCGCGUCACCUUCUGCUCCUACUCGGUCAUGGAGAUGUGCACCAAGGGCCUGGGCGCACAGACAGGUGUCCUCAGGAUGAAGGGGGUGAACCUGUCGUGUGUGCGCACAUGUAUGGUGGUUGCUGAGGAGCGGCCCCGGAUCGCGCUGACACAGUCCUUCUCCAAGCUGUUCAAGGACCUGGGCCUGCCCGCGCGUGCCGUGAGCACCACGUUUGGGUGCAGGGUCAACGUGGCCAUCUGCCUCCAGCCCAACAGGCUGGGAAAGCUGGCUGAGCAGGGCACGGCCGGCCCGGACCCCACGACGGUCUACGUGGACAUGAGGGCGCUGCGCCACGACAGGGUACGUUUGGUAGAACGGGGUUCUCCUCACAGUCUGCCGCUGACGGAGUCUGGAAAGAUUCUCCCUGGAGUGAAGGUCAUCAUCGCGCACACUGAGACCAAGGGGCCCCUCGGAGACUCGCACCUGGGAGAGAUCUGGGUUAGCAGCCCCCACAAUGCCACAGGCUACUACACCGUCCACGGGGAGGAGGCGCUUCACGCCGACCACUUCAGUGCCCGGCUGAGCUUUGGAGACACCCAGACCAUCUGGGCAAGGACUGGCUACUUGGGCUUCCUUCGGAGAACAGAGCUCACCGAUGCCAGUGGAGAGCGGCACGACGCACUGUACGUGGUUGGGUCCCUGGAUGAAACGCUGGAGCUGAGAGGCAUGCGGUACCACCCAAUCGACAUCGAGACGUCGGUGAUCCGAGCACACCGGAGCAUCGCCGAGUGCGCCGUGUUCACCUGGACCAACCUGCUGGUCGUGGUGGUGGAGCUGGACGGGCUGGAGCAGGAUGCCCUGGACCUGGUGGCUCUGGUGACGAAUGUGGUGUUGGAGGAGCACCACCUUGUUGUGGGCGUGGUGGUCAUCGUCGACCCCGGCGUGAUUCCCAUCAACUCUCGGGGCGAGAAGCAACGCAUGCACCUGCGAGACGGCUUCCUGGCUGAUCAGCUGGACCCGAUCUAUGUCGCCUACAACAUGUGAGCGCUGCUCACCGGCGCCGGGGCUCUGGCCGGGCGGCCCAGGCUUCCGGGCACUGGGGCCAAGGGAAGGCGCUGGAGCGCGUGAGGGCACUGCUGUGCGCGUGCAGGCCGCCCGGACAGAGGCUGCAGUCUUCCCGGCGUGCCGCGCGCCUCGCCCUGCUCACACGGACUCAUCUUGAGUUCCUCAAGUCUUAUUUGAGAAGCCACUUCUAAAUUAUUUGAAGAAAUUUAGUAAUCUUCGAGGACAUUUACAAAAACGAAAACGUCAGUGCUUUCACAGACAGGGUGACGGGAACAGGAAGCAAAGGCCGCCGUGGGCACCACGAGGAGCUGAUGCUACGUUACAGUAACCGGCAGGAGUGCCGUUGGUUCUCUGCCGGACUGCAGGUGUGCACUUUGUAGACUGAAAAUGUAGUUCUUGACUUAAAAAAUUCAAUUAUUUAUUCCCACUUCAAACAACAAGUUCGUACACAGAAACGUAAUCAAGCUAGAAAGAACCGGAGGCCCCAGCACGGCUGACUCACAUCCGUUUCACGGGGAGGAACGGAGCCCCAAACGGCUGAUGCGAAGGGCGGCGGGUCCUGCCUGCCUCUCGAACCCCAGACCAGGCUCUCGAGUUGCACACCGUGCCUCCCCUCUUCCAGUUUCUGUGCUGAUGCCGCGUGCCCGAUGGUCCGCACAUGUUGUCCCUGACGGGCAGUGAGUGCCUGCCAGGCUGCCCAGGCUGGUGCAGAUGCCCUGUCUCGGAGAGAGAAACCAGCAUUUAGUUUUAACCCCUUUUCUGGGUUUGUGACUUACAGCUGUUUAGUCAAUCGCUUGUUUUCAUAACAUCACAAAAUACAUUCUUCUCCACGCAUGGACGAGGGCUGAAGUACGUCCAUUCUGAACCGGCGGGCUUUGGAGCCCCGGUGCCGGUGUCUGGGGUUUCCACGUCCUCAGUGCCAUUCGCAGUGCCGUCGAGCUGCGGGGAGAGCCGCCGGAGGUGGGUGUGCUCCCGUUGCCCGGGCUCUCCCCUCUGAGUCGUACGCCUGUAAAACUCGGCCGGACCUCACUCAGUUACGACUAAGCUGAGUGAUCGAAUGUUACAGUAAACCUAAGUGAAAGAGAAUGUAAAAUCUUUUAGAAAUUUCUAAGAAUCUCAAGUGAAGCUCAAAUCUAAGAAUAUUUUUAUAUAGCUAAUGAAGAAUAUGUUACGAAGUUGUUGGGUUUCGGGGGGACUGAGGACGGGAAAGCAGGAAUCAUGCAUGCCUCAUAGAAACGACCAGGUGUUUCUGGAAUUAGCCUGAAUCAGUGCCUAACAAAGCUGUUUUUAAUUCUUUGCCAUCUUAAACUCGCCACCACGUAGGUCUGGCUAACCAGGCCGGCUGUCGCGUCCUACUCUUACCUGGCUGCUAGUAGCAGGUGCGCUGUAGCUCGGUUUGCCCGCGGUGGUGGACUGCAGUGAGUAUGUUGCAGCAUACUGGAAUUGUACUAACCUAUUGUAAUUAUGUACAUAAUCCUGUGUAAUUUAUUGUUGGACACACAGAUAGUGGAUAUUCCUUAGAAUGGCCGGCAGGGGAAACAACUACCUAACCCUAAUCUCAGUGUUGUAGUUUUGUAGCGGAUACUGUAAAACUUUUGUAUUGAAAGGUCAGUGGCAGUAAGACAAGUUGUCUUGUAAAUUAAGACUUAAAGAAGCACAUUAAAAUGUUUUAAAGUUACUCUCUGGGAAUUCUGUAUAUCACACUAAAAUUUUUUUAUAACACUAUGUUAAUAAAAGUUAUUGACUUUGUAAUUCUGCAUUUUGAAAUGUGUGAAAAGGUUUCUAAAAUUAUCCCAAAUAGGAUGUAUUUUAUUAUUCAUUCCGUUUUUCUGAAUAUAGAAGCGUUUGUGUUUACAGCAUACAACCUACAAAGCACAUAAAAGUGUAAAGAAGAAAAUCUAUAAUCCUACCUCUGAGUAAUAUAAUAGCGUUAAUGUUUGACAUAAAUCCUUCCAAGGAUUUAUUUUUCCUUUUAAAAAUUUUUACAAAAUUAGGCUCAUAUACUUUUAUAAUCAGCUUUUGUACUUAAUAAAUUACAGACUUUUAAAUCUGUUA